AUGCCUGGAAAAUCAAGCGACUGGGACAACGCCGAGUUCCUCAUGGAUCUUGUCGUCGGCCUCUACACUGGUGCCCAGACCAACAAGGGCUUGACUCCUGCCAUCAAGGAAUCCAUUGAGGAGUACCUCAAGACUCGUGGAUAUACCACUUCCUUUGACGCUGUUCGGCUGCAAAUUGUUCUGGCAAACACUAAGAAGCCUGUUACUAUCCUUACCUAG